AUGGCAAACCGGCCGCCGGAAUACACCGGGCAGAUGCCCUCGUCCUUUGACGACCAGGAGCUCUACAAUGAGCGGCCAAUGCAAAAAGUCAAGCGCAAGCUCAAGGAAGAGCCCCUCGUCCCUCUCGGAAUCGGUCUGACCGUCCUCGCCUUCGUCAACGCCUACCGAGCCCUCCGCAAGGGCGACUCCAGGCAGGCGAACCGAAUGUUCCGCGCGCGAGUCGCCGCCCAGGGCUUCACCGUCAUCGCCAUGGUCGCCGGCAGCAUGUACUACAGCAAGGACCGCGAGAAGACCAAGGAGCUGCGCAAGCUCAAGGAGGAGCGCGACGCCGAGGAGAAGCGCCAGCGGUGGAUCCACGAGCUCGAGAUCCGCGACCUAGAGGAGAAGCAGAUGAAGGCGGCCAUCAUGCAGAGACAAUCGGGGUCUGCGGCCCCGUCAGAUCCCGCCGCUGCUGUGGAGGGGACUGGGGGCGUGCUGGGGAAGAUGGGACUGUGGUCGAGGGGGGAGAAGGCUGCGGCGGAGGCCGAUGCGGUGGCUGCUGCAGAGGUUGCGCUGGAAAAGAAGGCGAAGAAGGAGAAUCCGAAGAGCUCUCUUGGUGCGCUGGGAGAACUGUACGGCUCCAAGAAGGACGAUGGCUCCAAGAAAUGA